AUGCAGGUGCCCGCCGAGUUCAAGGACCUCGAUCUGUACGAGGUUUUGGGCGUUUCCAAAGAGAGCGACGCCGUGCAGAUCAAGAAGGGCUAUCGCAGGCGUGCUCUGAGCGUUCAUCCAGACAAGGCCGGUAACACGCCCGAAAACCAGCUGCAAUUCCAGCAGGUGGCUUUUGCCUACUCUGUGCUGAGCGACCCGACGCGUCGCGAGUCGUACGACGUGCUUGGUUGCGUCGAAGAUGUCGGGGACGCUACGCUACAGGAACUGUUUACCAAGUAUUUCCGCAAAGAGUUCACGGAGGAGAUGAUUGAGCAGGACAAGAAGGAGUACAGGGAGAGUGGAGAAGAGCACCGGGACUUGCUCCGCUAUUACAAGGAAUACGAGGGAGACUUUGAUCGCAUUUUGGAGGCGGUGCUUCACACUGAAGUAGGGGACCAGGCCCGGCUUAUUGCUGAACUCAAUGCGGCCAUUGAGGAGGGCAAACUCGAAAAGUACGGCAAGUUCGCCAAAACCACCACGGCGGCUCGGCAGAAAAGGCGGGCGAAAAGGGGCGGCAAGGAGGCCAAAGAGGCCGAGAAGCUCCGCAAGAAACUCAACAUUCGCAAAACCAACGACGAAUCCGACCUCGCUGCACUCAUCAAGGCCAGAUCAGCCCAGCGCUUCAACGGGUUCAUGGACAGGCUCGAAGCCAAGUACCGAGUGACGAAGCGGACGAAAUAG